CUGAGAGGUAUUGCAUUUCAAUUAAAUGCACUGAUUUCUACAUAUACUGAUCAUGGAACUUCUGUGGCGUGCAGCAAUUCUCAAUCUUGUGAGCAGUGGUCUGUCAGUUGUCGGUGGAAUUCUUAUUUUCAUCGAAUACAACAUUAAUUUCCAACACAAUCGACUAGCCACGAUGUUCGUGUUCAUGACGAUUGUUGACGUUAUGUAUGCCGCUGGUUACAUUGUGGGAAAUAUGAGAUAUUAUGACCUUUAUGUGGAAACCAACGCCUAUGUGAUUGGUACUGAUUGCAAAUGCAAUACAGUGUCAGAUGAUGCCAGCAGCGGCCUGCUCUGCAAGGGUCAAAGCUUUGUUACGACGUACGCAAGUCUGGUGUCUUUUGCUUGGACCUGUAAUUUACUUAUCAUUUUAUAUUUAUACUACAGAGGCCAUGACAGACCAUCACGGUUAAGGGAGUGGACUAUGCACAUUGUCGGAUGGAUUUUGCCAGGUGUAGUUGUCAUUAUCGCUGUAUCAGUCGGAGCCCUGGGUGAAGAUAGAGACGAUUAUGGCGUUCCAUGGUGCUGGGUGCGGAAAGUUCCAUCCAAAGGCGAAAAAAUUUUGUGGAUGCUUUUGGCGGGGAAAUUCUGGGAAAUUUUGACCUACAUCAUUACGUUCGUCAUAUUUGUCCUCUGCAUGAAACAUACAAGUUGUAACAGAAUUAAAGCAGAUAAGGAACAUGUAGAUGACCAGUCAUUGAGGAUCCGGAGAUUUCCCUAUGCGUGUAUAAUUUUGUUGAGCGUCCGUUGCUUCGGCACAGUCCGUUUUUUCUUGUAUGUGUUUGAUGCGCAAGUUAGCGAUACAUCACAUGAAUGGUUGUUGAAUUUACAAAGUAUUGGAGAUGGCAGUUUGGCGUUUGUGAAUUUUGUAUUCUAUUUGUUCACUAACCCCUCUGUCUUAUGA